UUUUUAAUUUUCAGUUAAAUUAUUUUAAGAAUUAUGGAAGUUGAUAGAGUUAUAGUUGACAACAGAGCUAAGGACAACCUUAUUGCUGAUCUGAGAGCUGAGAACUACGAACUAAGACAGAGAGAGCGUGCCUUUCUCGCUCUCAAUGACAGAGUCUCAGAGUCAGACUACCGCUUGCACCUCGUCAAAGAAAGCAAGGCAAACCUUGCUGAAGAAAUGAGGAGAACCGCAGAUUCAGAUAGGCUCUGCAUCGAGAGCAACGAGAGAGAUAACGUCGAGCUCGGCAGAGCUCUAACUGAUAAGAGGGAUGACAUCAGGAGACUUGAGGAAGAACUCGCUCAUCUCAAAACUGUUUCAAAUGGAGAAUCUGCUGAUAUUGAUAGAUUCAGACUUGAUUUAGAUGCCAAGAAUGGUGUCAAUGCUGCACUUAGAGAUGACCUCAAAAGACUUGAAGAUAAUUUACAUGGAGAAAGAGUCAAUAAUACAGGCUUAAGAGCUGAGUUUGCCAAAUGCCAAGAUGUUUUGAAAUCAAGAGAUCUUGAACUUCAUUCAAAAAGAGAUACUCUUCAUUCUUUAGAAGUAAAGCAGGAUGAUCUCACUAAGCUUUUGUCAAGCAAAGACUCUGAGUUUGUAGCAAGAAGCAAAAAGCUUGAUGAUUUAGACAAAGAGCUUUGCCACCUCAAUGUGAUCUAUAAGGAUACUUGCCAUGUCAAUGAUGGCCUUGAUAAUCAAUUAAAUGGACAAUUGAACGAUAAUGACUCAUUAAGAAGAGCAAAUAUUGAAGAAAGUGCUAAAAAUGAUGAUGCCAUUGCUCAUCUUGAAGCUUCUCUUAGAGACAAAGAUGCCCAUCUUUCCAUCCUCCAUAAGGAUAUUGAUGGCAUGAGAGCAGCUUUAGAUAGAUCUCAAGCUUCUAAGGAUGAUCUUUCUGAGCAACUUUGCGCUAUGAAUAAACAUGUCGGAUGUUUGAAUGAUCAAAAUGAUCGCUUGAGCGCUGAAUUGACAGAUAUCACCGAGAGGGAUGCCCAAAUUAGAGCUGCUUUAGAUAGAAGACACAGAAUCAAGGAUAUUACUCUUGCUAACCAGAACCAAAUGAGAGAGUCCUUAUCUCACAUUGCUGAUGUGAGAUCCAGAAGCCCAUGCAGGAGGAAGAAGACAGUAGUUGAGACUCAUCACUACGCAAGUUAA